AUGGGUUCUGGUCCUGAUAUUAUCACUGUGGGUCCAGAAGAUGAAGGAAUAAGACUGAUAUGCAUGGGCAAGGGAUGGUUUCCCCAGCCUGAGAUUCAGUGGAAGCAUGGAAGGGCAGAAAAGAUACCAUCUCUUUCUGAGGAUGAGACCCAAGACAAUGAUGGGUUGUUCCAGACAGAGGCAUCCCUCAUUGUGAGAGACAGCUCAAGGAGAGAAGGAUCCUGCUCCAUGAAGAAUCGAUUCUUUGGAAAAGAGAAAGAAGCAGAAUCCUUACUCCAUGCUUUGCACUCAGCAUCUCACAAGCUAUUAUUCUUUUUCAGGGAGAAGGAAGGAAUUAUAUUUGCAAGAAGACAUGUUUCUAUAGGACACGAUGUUUCUGAGAGUGGUGGCACCCCAACACACCAAGGGCAAGGGCAAUCUGAAGCUGUCUUCAGAGUUCUGGGUAAAAAUUGCUUUACCACAGAGAGACAUUAUUUGGAAGUAGAAGUAAAUAUGGAAACAGUAAUUGAACUUGGAACUAGAUUGAUUCUGGGUGUUUGCUCACAGAUAGUGAAGAGAGAGGGGUGGUUUAAAGAAAGUCCUGAGAAGAAUUUCUGGGUCCUGGUAUGUGAGGAAGGGAAAGUCAUGAUUCCCACCUCCAAACUAGAAACUCCAUCACUGAAGCAGCACCCCCACAGGAUAGGAGUUUUCCUGGACUGGGACGGUGGGGACGUGUCCUUUUACAACAUGGUUGAUGGGUCUCACAUUUGUUCCUUUACUGGAAUCAUCUUCUAUGGGGUCCUCUGUCCUUAUUUUAGCCUUCAGGGUGCUGGCACAUCUAUGACCAUAUGCUUAGCUUCAGAUGGCACUGAAAAUUGCCCUGAUUCUUCUCAGAAGACCUCUGUGACUCAUUUAAGGAAGUGUGAUACAGUUGUCCCCCAAGAUGCCAAGUGUCUGUUAUUUUCCUAA